CAACACACAACACACAUCCGUAGCCAUUUUGGCUCAAGUCGUUUGGGCUCAAGAGCUCCGCCCAUUAUCGCACGUCUUCAGGCAGCCAGCGUGCAUCAUCAGAGUUGAGGUCAAUGGCGAAGUUACUAACACACCACGAUAGAUAUCACCUCCAUGCUUUCCUCGGUCUGUGUGCUUUGCUGCACUUUGCCUUUCGCUUCGGCUCGUUAGUUCUUGGCGGUGUGGACAAUUUCGCUCCGACAGUGACCUCCGCUCUGUGCCUUUCCGUGCACUUCCUGCUCCACGCGACAAGUUUUCAGUUCGCUUUGCCUGCCCAGAGGAUCAUGAGCAAGCCGAUGAUCUGGCCAGAAUUCCGCGUCCAUAACGCCAUCUUUGCGUACCGUCACCUUGUGUGUUGCGUCAUCGGUAUUUGGUUUCCGGACGUUUGGUGCAGGAGCAGCCCGUCCAUCCUCUGCCUCGGCCUCAAGAUUGCUAUCUUGAGCCUUACUUGCUGGGCCGCAGACGUGGCAACCGAGAGGCUCGGUAGCAGGGAGGACCGCACCACGAACGCCAUGCCGUACCCCGCAAGCAUGUCCGCGCGAGAGAUUGCCAUCGUGAAGAGGUUCUACGCGAAGUCCCAGUUCGCCGCCACCACCCUCUCCGUGUUUGGAACCCCGAUGCUGUCCUUCCUGUCCGUGCUGGCCAUCGAGUUGGCGUCUUUUCUCAUGACGCUGGUGCGGAAGGGGAAGAUCGAGGCUCGCACGUACCACGCUCUCUACGGCUUGGGGCUAUUUGUCAUGCUCCCUGCCCUCGUGGCUACGCUGCUCUCUGGCGAUCUUGAGGCUGAGCUGGCAACCUAUCGGGCGCUGUGUGUCGCCUGCGUGGCCGUGCAGGGGCGCCUCGUCUGGAAGUGGGGGAAGUAUUUUACGUGGGUCGUCUCCCCGGUGGUUGGCUGCGUGAUGGCCUCCGCGCUGGCCAGUGCGGUACACUUCAAGUGGGUCUGCUGGAUCGGAAUGGCCUGGUCGGCAGGCGAGACCUUGCUAUACCGGCCAGAGCAGCCGAAAGCCAGUGGCACAGAGUGUCCAGCGGCCAAGACGUCUGGCAGGGGCAGCUCCUUCUUCGGCUGGGUCGCGGCCCGGCCGAUCCUGUGGAACGCGUGACGCGGCAGCCCCCAUCCCCCUUCUCCCCGGGAAGCCGAAUCCCACCUCAUCCUCCCCCCUCCUCUCUUCUCGUCUCCAUCCGCAGUCGAUGACAGUCAGCCAUUGCGUCCUCGGACACGCUGCGUGGGGCGCGUGGCGGGGGCAAGUGGCCAAUCGUGCCCUGCCUGCCACCGCACAUUCACUGGCACUGGCGCGCCUACAGGGAGACCCCUUGCGUAGGAUGCUGCUGGACUCCGAGCCACCCGCCCUGCUCCGGCUCAAGAGGAGGAGGAGGAGGAGAGGAAGUUGCUUCACAGCGCCUUGCUUGUCCACAGCUCGAGGCCUCCCCCGCGAGGGCCUUGCCUGCUGCGCGCCCCUGCUGCGCAGGCAGGCGGGGCGCAGACCGCUUGCGGCCCCGGCCUGGCGCAGAGCCGGGCCCGCGCGGAGAGCGCGCCUCCUGCCCGGGCGCGCGGUCGGGGGGCGUUUUCGUGCCUUCGGCCGCAGGGGCGGGCCAAAGUUUCGAGGCCAGCUGGUCAGAGCUGGAGCGCCUGGGGGGGGAGCUGCCUGUAUGCAGCCCGAGGCCCUGCAGUCGGGCCGAGGUAUGAGGUCGAUGUUGGUUCGAUUGAACCGACGGAGGGUCUCAUGUUCUAGAAGGAUGUUAUUCUGGCAUCGGUCCGACUGUACCAGGCCGCCACCGGCGAGGAUACUCUGCAGUUGCUCGUCGCGGCGGGCCAAAUUCAUGUGCCACAUCUUUCUGCCCGGUGGUGCCGCGCCGGCUCUUUGGCAGCCGCGCGCGUGCCCCCACUUCGGGCGGCAGCGCCGGGCGACAGGUUGCCGGGCCCCUCAAUGCCUCGUCAGGGCGGACCUGCACGAGCAAGCGCCGCGUCUCUGCCCCGCGAACUUCGCUCCCCAGUCGGUAAUCAAUCACGCUCUUGCCGCUGGCCAGGGGUCGGACUGUCGCGCCGUGAGGUCGAGCAGCACCCCUUGGCGAGGGCCAUUUUUUAUCGGGUACGCCGCCUCGUCGGCCUGCUCGAGCAAGACCUUGUAGAGACCGCCGCCCCGCACCACGGGCGCGCUUUGACCGAGCCGUGCAA